AUGAACGGUGCUCAGUUUACAGACCGGGCCAACAAGGCUCUGCUCGAUGCAAACGAUCUUGCAGAGCAAUACGCUCACACUCAAAUCCUGCCUCUCCACCUUGCCGUAUCGCUGUUGAACCCCCCAGCGGGCAAUCUAGACGAUGAAGAACAACAAACAGACUCAUCGAGUGUCCCGCUGUUCAAGCAAGUUAUUGAACGGGCACAUGGCGAUCCACAGCUGCUAGAACGAUCACUCAUGAAGCUGCUCGUCAGGCAGCCAAGCCAAGACCCUCCUCCAGAACGAGUCGCCGUUUCCCCUGCUCUCUCCAAGGUCAUCCGCUCCUCGUCUGACCUGUCCAAAACGCAAAAGGACAGCUACGUUGCUAUCGACCACCUGAUUUCCGCGCUCGCUCAAGAUGGACAGGUCCAGAAAGCCUUGGCUGAGGCUAACAUCCCCAAUGUGAAACUUAUCGACAACGCGGUAUCACAGAUCCGCGGCACCAAGCGAGUCGACUCCAAGACUGCCGAUGCUGAAGAAGAACAUGAAAAUCUCAAAAAGUUUACCAUCGACAUGACGGCACUCGCCCGCGAAGGAAAAAUUGACCCAGUCAUCGGUCGUGAGGAAGAAAUCCGACGAGUCAUUCGCAUUCUUACUCGCCGGACGAAGAACAACCCUGUCCUGAUCGGUGAUCCUGGUGUUGGUAAAACUACUGUGGUAGAAGGCCUAGCACGACGUAUCGUCAACGCAGAUGUACCAGCCAAUCUUGCACAUUGCAAACUUCUCUCUCUCGAUGUCGGCGCGCUUGUGGCGGGAAGCAAAUUCCGCGGCGAGUUCGAAGAACGAAUGAAAGGCGUGUUGAAGGAGAUUGAUGAAGCACGCGAGACCAUAGUACUAUUUGUUGACGAGAUCCAUCUUCUGAUGGGUGCUGGAUCGAGCGGCGAGGGAGGCAUGGAUGCAGCCAACUUGCUUAAGCCGAUGUUAGCUCGUGGCCAGCUACACUGUAUCGGUGCCACUACGCUCGGGGAAUACCGCAAGUACAUCGAGAAAGACCAGGCCUUUGAACGACGUUUCCAACAAGUCCUGGUUAAGGAACCAACUGUGCCCGAAACUAUUUCUAUUCUUCGUGGUCUCAAAGAACGAUACGAAGUUCAUCACGGAGUAAACAUCCUUGAUGGUGCCAUUGUAACAGCAGCCACACUUGCUGCUCGUUACCUCACCGCACGACGAUUACCUGAUUCAGCCGUUGAUUUGAUUGACGAAGCUGCCGCAGCCGUGCGUGUGACUCGUGAAUCGGAACCGGAGGCUCUUGACAAUCUUGAAAGAAGAUUACGACAGCUUCAAAUCGAAAUCCACGCUUUAGAGCGUGAAAAAGAUGCCGCAUCCAAAACUCGUCUUGAGCUGGCCAAACAGGAAGCAGCAAAUGUUGCCGAGGAACUGCGACCACUCCGAGAGAAAUACGAACAGGAGAAGAGGCGCAGCAAAGAAAUUCAAGACGCUAAGAUGAAGCUAGACUCGCUCAAAGUCAAAAGAGACGAGUCGAUGCGUUCAGGAGACACUGCAACUGCCGCCGAUCUUGAGUAUUACGCCAUUCCGGAAACCCAAGCUCUCAUCCAACGUCUUGAGGCUGAACGAGCCAAGAGUGAUGCCGAAGAGCGUGCCCGAGCUGGGGAUCAAGGGGAGACGACUCUCAUGCCUGACGCUGUUGGUCCCGAUCAAAUCAAUGAAAUCGUUGGCAGGUGGACCGGAAUUCCAGUUACCAGGCUCAAGACUACCGAGAAGGACAAACUCCUUCAAAUGGAGAAGCACCUUGGCAAGAUUGUCGUCGGUCAGAAAGAAGCCGUACAGUCUGUAUCCAACGCCAUUCGACUACAACGGUCUGGCUUAGCCAACCCCAAUCAACCCCCGAGUUUCCUUUUCUGCGGUCCUUCCGGUACAGGUAAAACUCUUUUGACAAAAGCACUCGCCGAGUUCCUCUUCGAUGAUCCCAAGGCUAUGAUCCGGUUCGACAUGUCGGAAUACCAAGAACGACACUCUCUUAGCCGAAUGAUCGGUGCACCUCCGGGUUACGUCGGACACGAUGCAGGUGGUCAGCUUACCGAGAAUCUUCGCCGCCGCCCCUUUUCUAUCCUUCUUUUUGAUGAAGUUGAAAAGGCAGCCAAGGAAGUUUUGACGGUGCUGCUACAGCUCAUGGACGACGGACGAAUUACCGAUGGCCAAGGCCGGAUUAUUGACGCCAAGAACUGUAUUGUGGUCAUGACCUCCAAUCUCGGAGCUGAAUAUCUCGCUCGCCCAACAGCCAAAGACGGACGAAUUGAGCCUCAGACUCGCGAGUUAGUGAUGGGCGCCUUGCGUGACUACUUCCUUCCCGAAUUCCUCAACCGUAUCUCCAGUACAGUCAUCUUCAACCGUCUGACCAAGCGCGAGAUUCGUUCUAUUGUGGACAUUCGACUCAACGAAAUUCAGCGCCGUCUCGAAGCUAACGACAAAGAUAUCAAAAUUGAAUGCACCGAAGAUGUCAAAGAUUAUCUGGGCGAAGCCGGUUACUCCCCCGCAUACGGUGCUCGUCCGCUAUCUCGCCUCAUUGAACGCGAAGUCCUCAACCGGCUUGCUGUUUUGAUUCUACGUGGAAGCAUCAAAGACGGCGAGAUUGCCCAAGUGGUUAUGAAAGAUGGCCGCAUCGAUGUGCUUCCCAACCAUACCGAUAGUGAUAUGGACGACGAAGACAUGGUGGAUUCUGACGACGCCCUUGCUGAAAUCGAGGAGGGUGGUGACAUGGAUCUUUACGAAUAA